UAAAUCCUAUGACGUUAUGUUUGAUAUCCGGUUUGAAGUUUAUACUGGUGUGGGACCUUACAGGCUAGGAUUUUCCCCUACCUUGGUUGGACUUGGAAUUCUAGAAAAGAAGUUUUGGGAGGAAGCCUCUUUUGCAAUGGAAAAUGAAGAAGAAUUGAAGAAGGCUCAGACCAUAGAGGCCCGGGCAAGGAACAUUAGUCAUAACGUCCGGUGCACUGAAUGUGGGAGCCAGUCCAUUGAAGACUCACAGGCAGAUAUUGCCAUUCUUCUCAGAAAGUUGAUUCGAGAUGAGGUCCGAGCUGGAAAAACUGAUAAGGAGAUCUUUAAAAAGCUAGAGGACGACUUUGGGGAGACAGUACUGUAUGCCCCAAAAUUUGAUCUGCAAACUGCUGCUAUCUGGUUAUCACCGUUCCUUGUUGCGGGGGCAGCAGCUGGCGUAUGGGCUUACCAGAGGCACAGGCGGAAGACUAAUGUGCACAUCAUGGCGCUGAACCUUGUAAGAGGCGUUCCUUUAACCCCCAAGGAGAAGCAGGCGAUGCUCGACCUCCUUAAACCACCACCACCUCCAAAGAGAAGGUGGUGGGGCUGGUGAAACACAUUGUCGUGUUUGUAUAGCCUAGACAUUCCUUCAACCAAUGUUUUGUAUUUGUAACUGAACUAGCUACUAGCCACUGUUUUCUACUGAUAUAUUGUUGGGUAACACCCAGAAACCAGUUGAUGCCAGAUGGGUCUUAAUACCCAGAACAAGGUCAUGGGGAAUGAAUGGAGGAAGUGUUGCAUUUUUGAAGU